AUGAGUCUUGCACGGUGCAACCUCAGAGAAGUGUCUUUUAGUCGUCUGUUUUCUCGGGAAGUUGCGCGGGCGCUGUCAGGUGGCCUCGCUCUGGCUAUUGCGUAUAUGCACUCGCGUGGUUACGUUCAUGGAGAUUUACACCUUCGCAACGUCUUGGUCAAAAUGCCCUCAACUUUUGAUCAUCUUUCGGUCGAGCAACUAUAUGAGGAGUUUGGAGAGCCUGAGGCAGUUCCUAUUCAGCAGAUUGAUGGAAAACCGCUUCCUCCGAAUGUCCCAGUGCAUGCGGUUAUACCACUUAACCUCGGGAAAGAUGCGGCAGAAUUUGCACUUUCUGAUGCACGUGUGCUUUUGAGCGACUUUGGCGAGGCAUUCUCACCCAAUUUGGAAGGCCGUUGUGGAAAGGAUUGUCACACGCCGCUGGCAACGCGACCGCCUGAAAGCAGAUUUCAACCUCAUAAUCACCUCUCAUUCUCGGCAGAUAUUUGGAGUUUGGCCACAACAAUCUGGGAGAUACUGGGCAUGAAGGCCAUUUUCAGCAGCGACUUUGUCACUGCGAAUGAAUUAGUGUCCCAGCAAAUCGAUGUGUUGGGACCUUUGCCUAAUAUUUGGUGGGAAAGCUGGGUAGAGCGAAGCCAAUUUCUUGAUGACGAUGGAUGCCCUAAAGAGAGCCGGUAUGUUUGGCCAUCAAUUGAUGAGUCGUUUGAAGAUGGUGUGCAAAAGUAUCGAAGGAAUCUUGGUUUCGGUGAAUUUGAAACAGAUGAAACUGCUGCCAUCCUAGAUUUGAUGCGUCGAAUGUUGUCAUUCAGACCAGAGGAACGACCAACUGCCGAAGAAGUCCUUCAGUCAGAGUGGAUGGUCAAAUGGGUGAUGCCUGAUUUUGAACGGAGCUUGCAGAUGAAUUAG